AUGAACCGACUACGGAUACUCAAUCGCUUGGCUAUUUCCAGCUCUCGAUCGCUCUCAAGAAGCUACUCUCACUCUGCUCCAACUCCGCCGCGAAACUGGACUCCAACUCCAUUCGUGACUGAGACAGUGGAGCGCAUUGUAUGCCUCAAUGGCGAGGUGGACGAAACAUUAUCAGCCGCAAUAGUUGCGCAACUAUUAUUCCUCGAAGCCGAUAACCCAGAGAAGCCCAUUCAACUUUAUAUCAAUUCACCAGGUGGAUCGGUAACAGCUGGACUGGCAAUCUAUGAUACCAUGACAUAUAUCCAAUCUCCUGUUAGUACAAUAUGUGUGGGCCAAGCGGCAUCAAUGGGGUCCCUUCUAUUAUGUGGUGGUGAGGCUGGGAAAAGAUACUGCCUUCCGCAUUCGUCGGUUAUGAUCCAUCAGCCUUCGGGAGGGUACUUCGGCCAGGCAACGGAUAUCGCCAUACACGCGAAGGAGAUCCUUCGAGUACGACACCAAUUAAAUCAGAUAUACAAACGCCAUUUGACAGGGAAGGAAAUGACUCUCGACGAGAUAGAGAAGCUGAUGGAGAGAGACUAUUUCAUGGGCGCAAAGGAAGCUCUGGAAAUGGGUAUUGUAGAUUCUAUACUUGACCGACGAGUGCCUUCAAAGGAGGAGUCAACGUCAUGA